AUGGGCCGUUUGAGGAAUGUGUCAUUGGAGUACUGGUUUAAACCUCAUGUUGGACUUGUAAUUGAACAGCGCAAGAAAACUCUGCUAAAGGAGUAUAAGCAAAGUGGCAAGUCGUCUAUUUUUUUGGAUAAGCGUAUUGGGGAACGUGAUGAAAAUCUUGGAGAGUUUGACAAAGCCAUCUUACGUUUUCAGCGUGAGCGACAGACACAAUUGAAACGGAAGAGCAGAUAUAACCUAUCUGAUGGAGAAGUUGAUGAUUUGGCAAUUCCCCCUACUGGGGCUUUGUCAACACACGAUGAUUUUGAGGAUCAAAUUUCAGAGGAUGGUGAUGAGGAUGCAACUGGAGAAGAUGCAAACAUUAGCAUUCAUCAGAAUAAUGAACGCACCCCUUUGGAAAUGAGUUCCCUGCCGGAAGAUGAAAAUAGGCAGAAAACCAGAAAGGAAGUCAUGGAGGAGAUAAUCUCAAAGAGUAAAUUUUACAAGGCUGAGAAAGCGCAGCAGAAAGAAGAUGAUGAGAAUCUGAUGGAUAAAUUAAAUACAGACUUUACUUCCUUGGCACAAUCAGAUGGGUUUCUUUCUUUACUUCAACCAACGAAGAUGCAAGCCUUGAAGGCCAUUCUGAAUAAGAGUAGCUCGAGAGAAUUAGGAAAGGAAAAGUUGUCUUCCUGUGCUGCCGAAGUUCCCAAGGAGGAUGAAGUUGAUCCAUAUGACAAGCUUGUUAAAUCGAUGGCAUUGGAUAUGCGUGCUCGACCGUCUGAUAGGACCAAAACUCCUGAAGAGAUAGCUGAAGAAGAGAGACAAUGCCUGAUAUCCCUGGAGGAGGCGCGAAAGAAAAGGAUGCUUCCGACUGGAGACUCUGACAUUGAAGAUGAUAGUGGUGAUGAAGAAUUUGAUACAUCAUCUUCAAGGAAGUUGAAAUCUAUUUCAGGUGAUGACCUUGGGGAUUCCUUUGAACAUGAAGAGGAAACUCCCAAAAGAGGCUGGGUUGAUGAGAUUCUUGAAGGGAAAGAACAUGAUGAGAGCGAAAGCGAAGAUGAGUCAUCUGUAUCUGAAUCCGAAAGUGACCAGGAUGAUAGUGAUUUGGGGAACACUCAAUCUGUGAAGGACUGGGAGCAAAGUGAUGAUGACAAUCUUCACAGUGACAAGGAAGGAGAAGAAACACCUGGGGAAGAAGGUUUCCAAGAAGAGAAAAAUGAAACUCAUAUUAAAAUCCAAAGACUAAAUGCUGAGAAGAAAAAUUCUAAUUUGGGUUCUGGUGGGGAUCUUCCUUUUGUUAUUGAUGCUCCAAGUAGUCUCAAAGAAUUGAGUUCUUUAUUGGAGAAUAGACCAGACGAUGAAGUAAUUGAGGCCAUUCGUCGCAUUCGAGCAUGCAAUGCAAUCACCUUAGCUGCAGAAAAUCGCAAAAAGAUGCAGAUAUUUUAUGGUCUGCUACUGCAAUAUUUUGCUGUCCUUGCAAAUAGUAAACCAUUGAAUUUCAAGAAAAUCAAUUUGCUGGUCGGACCUUUGAUGGAAAUGAACUCAGAGACACCAUAUUUUGCAGCUAUCUGUGCUCAGCAACGACUUGUAAAAAUGCAAAACCAGCUCUGUGAUGAUCUCAAGCAUACAGGCAAACAUAGUUGGCCAUCUUUCAAGACGCUGUGUCUGUUGCGGCUAUGGUCCAUGAUCUAUCCAUGCUCCGACUUUUCCCAUGUUGUCAUGACACCAGCAUGCUUGUUGAUGAGCGAGUAUCUUAUGCGCUGUCCUGUAACAUCAAGCCAAGAUAUCGUUGUCGGGACCUUCUUAUGCUCUAUGAUACUAGCUGUGGCCAAACAAUCACACAAGUUUUUUCCUGAGGCCAUCACUUUUCUACGUGCACUGCUAAUGUCAGCUGCUGAUGACAAGGAAAAGUUGAAACAGCAUUCCUGGCUAGAAGGUACCUGUGCAAUGGAACUCAUGCUGCAGCCUUGGCUUCGUCUCUCUGAUCAUGUUUGUGAUUUACAGCCUUUGAACCUAUUUAGGCUAAUAGAUAUGCCUGCUAAUGCGCCCUUCUUCAGCUCUGAUGGUUACAGGGCUGGUAUACUUGUAUCUGUGACCGAAACUUUGCGAGGCUUCAUAAAUACUUAUGAAGGCCUUAUCUCUUUCCCUGAAAUAUUUUCGUCGGUAUCAGCUCUGUUACAUGACCUGAUUAAACAAGAGUAUAUGCCAGAUUUGGUGGUAAGCAGCAUGCAGGAAAUUAUUCAGCGGAUAGAGGAGAAAUCCAUUGAACAUCAGAAGCUACGUCAACCACUGCAAAUGAGAAAGCAGAAGCCAGUGCCAAUUAAGGAAUUUAACCCAAAGUUUGAAGAGAACUUUGUGAAAGGCAGGGAUUAUGACCCAGAUCGCGAGCGAGCCGAGAGAAGGAAACUGGAGCGACAGAUGAAGAGGGAGACCAAAGGGGCAGCCCGUGAGCUCCGUAAAGACAAUUACUUCUUGUUUGAAGUGAAGGCAAAGGAGAAGGCUUUAGAGGAAGAGGAGAGAGCCGAGAAAUAUGGAAAGGCUAUGGCUUUCCUCCAAGAACAAGAGCACGCUUUCAAGUCUGGGCAGCUUGGAAAGGGCAGAAAGAGAAGGAGAUGAUGUAAAGGAAAGAUACAUGAGAGAGGGUUUCUGUCCUGGAGCUCAGAUGUGAAGGAGCUUCUUGUCUCAACUCUUUGGGUUAUGGCUUUUCAUACUCAAAUGAGGUGAGGUUUUUGACAUGAGGAUUAGAAUCCAUGAUGAGGACAAAUAGAUAUUUCUGUUGGCAAUUUUUUUUCUUUUUUGUUUCUUCUUCGCUUCUGAAAUUCUCCAAUUUUGACCUUCACAUGUAUAAAAUGUAAUUUUGUAGUGAUGUAUCAUCUUCUAUUAUUAUGUAUGGUUUCAGAUGAGAUGAAUAUCUGUUACUAUUUUGUUUAAUUUUAUGUCUAUUUUUUUGAA